GCGCGGCACCUGUGGGGCGGGGGUGGCCCCGGCCGGGUGUGGCUGUGGCUGUGGCUGUGGCUGUGGCUGUGGCUGUGGCUGUGCCCGCACGUGUGUCCGUGUCCCCUCCGUGUCCCCGCGCUCGGAGGCGCUUUACCCGCGGGGUUGCGCCCUCCCCGGCAGGUGCCGCCCCCGUCCCCCGGCGGUGCGCUCGGCUCGGCGGCCCCGCGGCGGGCGCUCCUCGUCUGCGCUGCCGGGCUCUGGUUCGGAGCAGCCGCCUUUAGCACCUACAUUUCCAGUUCAAGGUCUGCAUAUGUGUGCAGGUUUUCCAAUGAAGUACAUCCUGGUAACUGGUGGUGUCAUCUCAGGCAUUGGCAAAGGGAUCAUUGCAAGCAGCAUUGGCACCAUCCUGAAAUCAUGUGGYCUACGUGUCACUGCAAUCAAAAUUGAUCCAUACAUAAACAUAGAUGCWGGAACCUUUUCACCAUAUGAACAUGGUGAAGUUUUUGUAUUGAAUGAUGGUGGGGAAGUUGACUUAGACUUGGGAAAUUAUGAGAGAUUUUUGGACAUCAAUCUCUAUAAAGAUAACAAUAUCACGACUGGAAAGAUAUAUCAGCAUGUUAUUAAUAAAGAAAGACAUGGUGAUUAUCUGGGAAAAACCGUUCAAGUUGUUCCACACAUUACUGAUGCAGUUCAGGAAUGGGUAAUGAAUCAGGCCAAAGUUCCAGUGGAUGAUGACAGAAGAGAGCCACAAAUCUGUGUAAUUGAGCUGGGUGGAACCAUUGGGGAUAUUGAAGGAAUGCCAUUUGUUGAAGCAUUUAGACAGUUUCAGUUCAAAGCAAAAAGAGAGAACUUCUGUAAUAUUCAUGUUAGCCUGGUACCACAGCCUAAUGCUACUGGUGAACAGAAGACAAAACCAACACAGAACAGUGUUCGAGCACUGAGGGGUCUAGGCUUGUCUCCAGAUUUGAUWGUCUGCAGAAGUGCAAAACCUAUAGAGAUGGCUGUGAAGGAGAAGAUUUCCAUGUUUUGUCAUGUGGAGCCUGAGCAGGUGAUAUUUAUUCAUGAUGUUUCUUCUACUUAUCGAGUACCAAUCCUAUUGGAGGAGCAAGGCAUCCUUAAGUAUUUCAAACAAAGGCUAAAUUUACCUAUUGAUGACCAGCCAAGUGAUCUUCUAAUGAAGUGGAAGAAAAUGGCUUGCAGGUAUGAAAGGUUGCUGAAGGUGUGUUCCAUAGCUCUYGUUGGCAAGUACACGAAAUUAAGUGACUGCUAUGCAUCUGUUUUCAAAGCUCUGGAACACUCUGCGCUGGCAAUUAAUUACAAACUGGAUUUAAUGUACAUAGAUUCAACAGAACUUGAGYGUUCUACAGAAGCAGAGAACUCAGUGAAAUAUCACCAGGCAUGGCACAAACUGUGCAAAGCAGAUGGCAUUCUGGUCCCAGGAGGUUUUGGAAUUAGGGGAACAGAAGGCAAACUCCAAGCUAUCUCCUGGGCAAGAAAAAAGAAAAAACCUUUCCUUGGGGUUUGCCUGGGAAUGCAGUUAGCAGUUGUGGAAUUUGCAAGAAACUGUUUGAAUUGGGAAGAUGCAAAUUCUACAGAAUUUGACCCAGACACAAAAAACCCCGUUGUUAUUGACAUGCCAGAGCACAAUCCUGGAGAUAUGGGAGGAACAAUGAGACUGGGGAAGAGGAGGACUGUUUUCAAAACUGAAAAUUCUGUUUUAAGGAAACUUUAUGGUGAUGAAAUGUUCGUAGARGAGCGACACAGGCAUCGAUAUGAGGUGAACCCAGAACUGACUCAUUGCUUUGAAGAGAAAGGCUUGAAAUUUGUUGGCCAUGAUACAGAAGGGAACAGGAUGGAAAUUAUUGAACUGGAGAAUCACCCAUAUUUUGUGGGAGUUCAGUUCCACCCAGAAUUUUCCUCAAGACCUAUGAAACCUUCACCUCCAUACCUUGGACUGUUGCUAGCAGCAACUGGAACACUGAACGCAUACCUGCAGCGUGGAUGUAAAUUGUCUCCAAGUGACAGCUACAGUGACCUAAGUGAUGACAGCUCUCCAGAAAAAGAGUUUCCUUAUUCUGACACAAGCUGAAAUGGUUGUAUGAGAGCACAGAAAUGGAUGAUGCUAUUGAGAAACUUGGGAACAGGCCAAUAUUGAAUAGAAGAAAGUAGAAGAGUAAACUGCUUGCAGUUCUCAUACUGUUUCUUCCUCUACUAUUCUGAUUACAGAUGACAGUUUUACUGUUCUGUAGCAAAAACUGUUCUGUGUAAAUGCUGUUUCUCUUCAAAAGUUACCAAACGGUUGCGCACCUUAGCUGUUAAUCAUUAUUCAUCUUGUCCUAUAUUUCAGAGUGAUCUCAGGUGAAUUGUAUUAAUUCACUAGUUCACAGCUGUUCUUGGUUUGAAGGAAGAUUUGACUGGUUUCAGUUUGCCUUGGAACAGGAAGACAGAAUUCAUUAGUUCUUGGGAAUGAGGGGAAAUGCACUAAAACAUUUAAGGGAAAAUUGUUUUAUUCUUGAGCAGUAGAAAACUGUUGCAGGUUUUUUUCCCUAUUAAGCUUGUAUAUGUGGUUUUUUUUACUUUUUUGCUGUUCAAUAUGUACAAAUGAAAAAUGGUUGCUGUAUUUCAGCUCUGUGUGAUUAUAAUAAUUAAUGUUGAAUGCAAGUUUUUUCACUUUUUUUUAUAAGUGAUUUGACUUCGCAUAAAUUCAUUUGCUCUGCUUCUCCUGGAAGUCUGAUAUACUGAAUGUAAUUCUAACCUACAAAAUUACAGAAGUGGUAUUAAAAGGUGGUUUUAUAUUUGUAUUUUGUAAGAGAGAAAGUAAAUAACUUUAUAUGUUAAGCUCUAGUUUCUUGUAUGAAAGUUGUAUAAAAAACAGGCAUAAACCUGGAGAGUUAUCUGGCCUCCAGCUGUGCCACAGUUAAUUGCAGUCAAUAAGUGUAAAGCAAAUUAAGUAAGGUUCACCCUUGUUUUCCUGCAUCCUGUGACCACUCCAUUGUCAUGGCACUUACCCCCCAGCAGAAUGGAAUGAUGUUUUAAUUUAGAAAUCACUGCAUCACAACUGCAGGCAGCCCUGCAAAGCCAGGGAGAGAGAGAAGAGGAAGGUGAGAGGUGCUGUUCUGCCUGUAAGGCUGGAUCCCGUUAUCUGUGGGCCAUCAUCAAACCUGUCACRGAAGCUGAACCUGAGCUAUGUAACUGAUGGGCUCCAGAUGCUUGGAACACAYUUUUCUAUAAAGAAAAAUUCUGGAUUUUGAGUGUUGUGCUUCAUUUUGAUUUUGGGCRAAGUGACUUCUUUAAUUCAUCAGAAGUUAGAUAUCUGCACAGAAGUAAAAAGCACCAUUUUCCUUGUUACAGCUUUGUAAAACAGCAAGUUUGAGAGCUUUGCAUUGCUAUAGAAAAUCUCAGGUUACACAGCAAAUUUGUCUCUUCACUAAAAGAAGCUUUAAUGGUAAUGAAACACAAAGUAUAUUUUCAUGGCAGCACUUUCCUAAAGUAGUUUGUGAAUAYGUGCCUUAGAAAUAGUGACAGCAGGAUUGAUGUCACUGUAUGUCUUGCCCAAUGAAAGACACUGGCCACUGCUUUGUGAAAUGUGAAAAAUUUCCUAAGAUUGUAAUGUGCAAAUGUAUUUUCAAAACAUUUUCAAUAAAUGGUGUUAUUUGGAAGUGUUUGAGUACCUGCUAAAAAAUUGUGGWGCCAAUUGUGAACUGUGGUGUUAAGGAGAGAACUCAUCAUUUAAUCAUKUUGCAGUUGUAUUGCCUGUGAGAAACUGUGAUUUUACAAAAAAAAAAAAAAUAAAGGGGACAAAAAGACAUCCAACCUGAAGUGCAGCUGGAAGUAGCACCCUUGCCAGUGCUCUUCCAUGUAAAAGCAGUUUUGAGCAAUACCUUAAAAGUAGCGGUUGAGUUCUCUGCAGGAACCUGUGGAAGCAGGAAUUGCAGCCCUGAGCUAAAGGAGGUUUUCAGGAAAGGCAGAUUGUCAACGAUCACAAGGGCGGGAGCUUGCUGCCCAAAAGGAUGUGGAGGAGAUAAGGGAGUCAAGUGUGUAAAGAAGCAAAUGACUUACUAACUUGAGCUAACGUCCUCAUGGGAGUUGUGUUACAGCUGCCAUGGCAAUGCAAAUGUAAUGUGUUUCUCCCCAAAGUCUGAGUGCAUUGAUGACAGUAGGGAGUGUGAAUACAGCCUGGAGAACUUCUGAGMUGGCAGCAAAGCCAGAUCAGUGCAGAAGUGAACAGGAGCUGUGGAAACCUGUGUGGGACUGGCUGAAGCUCAUUUCCCACAACUUCACUGUUUGGAUACGUGAGGUGACCAAAAUCUGCUGAGAAAGGGAGCAAGGGGGAGCAAGGGGGAGCAGAGCAGCACUGCCCUUGAAGAACAAAGAGCCUCUUCCAGCAUCCUGUGGAAACUCACUGCAACAUGACAGGAGAGUAAACAAAUGAUACAAUUGUUUCUGUGCUGAAUAACGCCUCAUCCUAGCACACAGGUAGGAGAAGGCUUCUGCACUGGGACAUCUGCGKGGGAGUUGUGUUUCUGUGCCUCAGCCUUUUAUCCCAUGCAGUGCUUCGUUUUUCCCUGCUGGYAGCUGUUAGCUCUGUGAUAACUUCCAGACAAACUCUUGCCACUUCACCCUGUCCCCACUGUUGACAUGGGUCAUGCUUUGUUCAAGGAUUUCUCACCUUUUCCCAGGUAGCAGCCUUUGUGUUCUUGAUGACAAUGAACUUAGUAUCUCGGAUAUUUCUCCCUUUAUUUAGUACUGUCUAGAUUUUCAGGUAUUCAGUUGUGUCUGAAUUGGU